AUGAUGCAAAAUGUUGAAAGUCAGGCAUUAUCAAUAAGAGCACAAAACCAAGAAUGGAAGGAUAUGGCACGGAAAUUAAACAGUGAAACAAAGAAUGAUCUAAAAAAAGGUAAUACUCUUCAACUUGAAACUGACAUCAAGACAAAAAGAGUAAUUGAACAAGUUCCCUUUCUGGGACAUAAUGAUGUAAAAUUCUCGAAUAUGUUUCAUCGUUUAAAAUAUUUCCUAAAAAUUUUUAGUGAAUCAUCUUUUGAUAGAAAGUAA